AUGCAUAAAUAAUCUUUAAUUCUUUAAUAGAAAGCUCCAAAGAAUAUUAAUGAACUUGAUUAAGCAUUUUAAUUAAUCGAUUAGAAAUUAGAUGCUCCAAGUUCAUAAUUGUUACUAAUGAAAACAAGAUACAUAUCAAUUGAUCCAAUAAUGAGAGUAUGGAUAUCUGGAGCAAGAACGUAAUAUUUAUAUUCUUAAUUCUUAGAUAUUUGCCUGCAUUAUAGCAAAAUGACAUUAUACAUGCAUUUACUUUGAGUUCUCCAGUAGAUAAUUAGAAUGACAUUUAUUUUGGCCCAGCUGGAUUAUAAACUCAUUUUUUAUAUGAUAAGACUAAUAAAAAGAAGUAGCUAAUAAAAGUUCCACGUUAGAUGUUAUAACUACUAUAAAAGUGUGAAUUGUAAAAUUCUAAUUUACUUACUAUCAUAUUGAAUGGUUUACCAGCAUAUUAUGGAUUAGUUGAUUUCUGUAAGAUUCAGAAAGGAUAAAGAGUAGUAAUAUCAGCAUCAGCAGGUGCUACAGGAUUAUUUUGUAUUUAAUUAGCAUUAAAUAUGCAAUGUGAUGUUAUAGGUUUCACAGGAGAUAUAGAAAAAAUAAAGUUCUUAUAAAAUUAAUUUCCUAAUUUAAGAAUCAUAAAUUAUAAAUCGGAUGAUUGGGAUAAAUAAAUUGAAGAUAAUAGUGUUGAUUGUUAUUUUGAUAAUGUUGGUGAAUAUAUGCUUGAGAAAAUGAUUCAAAAAAUGAGGAAAAAUGGAAAGAUUGCCUUAUGUGGAUCUAUGGGUAGUUCUUCAAAUUAUAGUGAAAGAUAAGGAUUAAGUAAUAUGAAUUAAAUCAUUUAUAAGAGAUUAAAAUUAAAGGGUAUAACAUUUAAUUAGGAAUUAAAUAAGUAAUAAUUCAAUUAUAUACUAGAAUUUAAGCUGCAUUUGAUUAUUUAUUUUAAUAAUUUCAAUAAAAAAAACUAAGAAUCUUUUAGGAAGAAUAUAAUUAAUUAAGUGACACUCCAAAAGCACUAAAGAGAUUAUUCAAGGGUGAAAAUAUAGGAAAAAUAAUUAUUAAUUUAGAUAAUUAAACGAAGUUAUGA